AUAGCAAAGAGUGACUAGGUGCGUGCGUGUGUGCCCGUGCGAAUGUGGGGUGGUGUUUCUGAGGUUUCGAUUGGAUAACCGUGUGACAGCUGAUUAUCUGUCUUAAGUCACUAAAUUUAAAUUUGGCAAUAGCACUGUGGCGAUUGUCACAGACGAGCGUGAGUGUGAAGCGGUGUGAAUGGUGUGACAGUGAAGGGGUCUUCGAUGUAGUUUGUCAUUGUCACAAAUUAAUUAAAAUUAACAUUGCUAAUGGCUGAUGACGCGGAUAGUGAUGGAGUUACCGAUUCUCCGAAGAAAGGCCCAACUUUAUCGACAAGUACUAGUAGUUUUGAAGCCUUAGAUCCUCAUGAUCCAAAUUUGAGUCGCCUUGCUACCACAAUGUUUCAGAAAACAGCGGAUUAUCUAUAUGGCGAAUUAACUGCCACUCAGGAUGAUUACCGAUUAUUGGAGGCGAUGAACCAAGCAACAAUUGCGAAAUAUUCAGACAUGAAGCAGAUUGCCAGCAAUGUUGCUCGCACAGUGGCAGAUUUAAAUGAUAGAUAUCGGAGUCUUCAACCGUAUCUGGAACAGAUAGAUCAGAUAGAAGAUAGUGUUACAAAAUUGGAACAAGCUGCUUACAAACUUGAUGCAUAUUCCAAACGUCUGGAAGCAAAAUUAAAAAAUUUGGAGAAAAGGUGAAAUAUUUGAAUUAAUUGUUAAUGUUUGUACAUUGUGCUAGGCUCAUUUGUAUAUUGAAGUGUGAUUCUGUAAUUGUUAGAAGUGUACUAUCUUAAUUUAAGCAAUAAAAUAAGUUAGAAAAUAAGUUUCUUUCCAUAGGUAUGAUUUUAAAACCUUUUUUGUCAUUCAAUGAUUCAAUGAAGAUUACUGACUUUUAUUUAUUGUCUAUUCAAAUUUGUUGAGAUAAAUAAAUUAAUUUUGGAAAAAAUGGUGUCAUCGUGCAGUAGAAAUGAAGUCGGCAAUUGCAUAAUUCCAUGGAUUUUGUGUGUGGGGAUUGCAAGAGUACAAUAAUGUGUCGUUUAUUAAUCGUAUUAAAAUUGUGCAAGUAAUAUUAACCCUUCAAAGCGGUGCUGAGGGUGAGCAUAGUAACAUUGCAAGCUGGCUUUAAGUGAAAGAUGUGGUCAGCGGCGUCGCAGGGCCAGGUAACUAGCUGAGCACAUACGGCGAGGCCUGCUGUGGGAGCAUCUCAGCUCAGGCGGCAUUGCACUCCCCAACUCUUAAAACAUGCUGUUUCCUGAGAAUGCAUCGCUUCACAUCAAUAAUAAUAAAGUAAUAAUGAUGAUGAUGAUGAUGAUAAUAAUAAUAAUGAU